AUGAACUGGACAGGCUUGUACACCGUGCUCAGUGGCGUGAACCGGCAUUCUACUGCCAUUGGCCGAGUAUGGCUCUCAGUCAUCUUCAUCUUCAGAAUCAUGGUGCUGGUGGUGGCUGCCGAGAGUGUGUGGGGUGACGAGAAGUCUUCCUUCAUCUGCAACACCCUUCAGCCUGGCUGCAACAGUGUCUGCUAUGACCAUUUUUUCCCCAUUUCCCAUGUGCGUCUGUGGUCUCUGCAACUCAUCUUGGUUUCCACCCCAGCUCUCCUCGUGGCCAUGCAUGUGGCUCACCAGCAACACAUAGAAAAGAAAAUGCUGCGACUUGAAGGCCAUGGGGACCCCUUACAUCUGGAGGAGGUGAAGAGGCACAAGGUCCACAUCUCAGGGACAUUGUGGUGGACCUAUGUCAUCAGCGUGGUCUUUCGGCUGCUGUUCGAGGCUGUCUUCAUGUACGUCUUUUAUUUGCUCUACCCUGGCUAUGCCAUGGUGCGGCUUGUCAAGUGUGAGGCCUACCCCUGCCCCAACACAGUGGACUGCUUUGUGUCCCGCCCCACGGAGAAAACAGUCUUCACGGUCUUCAUGCUGGUUGCCUCCGGCAUCUGCAUCAUCCUCAAUGUGGCCGAAGUGGUGUACCUCAUCAUCCGGGCCUGUGCCCGCCGGGCCCGACGCCACUCCAAUCCGCCCUCCCGCAAGGGCUCAGGCUUUGGCCACCGCCUCUCACCUGAAUACAAGCAGAAUGAGAUCAACAAGCUGCUGAGUGAGCAGGAUGGCUCCCUGAAAGACAUACUGCGACGCAGCCCUGGCACUGGGGCCGGGCUGGCUGAGAAGAGUGACCGCUGCUCCGCCUGCUGA